AUAAGAUCAAGAGAAACCUGGAGAUAUUAUUGAUUCUUAUUCCCCAUCAGUCGACUUAGCAUAUUGGAGAUACUAAGAUGUUGAAGGGUCUCGUGUCGGUCGUGACUGGCGGUGCUUCAGGUCUGGGUCGAGCCACUGUGGAGAGGAUCGUCCGUGAAGGUGGCCGGGCUGUGAUCUGUGACCUGCCUACCUCACAGGGUGCUAAGGUGGCAGAAGAAAUAGGGGACUCUGUUAUCUUUGUACCAACUGAUGUGUCCUCAGCGGGGGACGUGGAAGCUGCCCUGGCACUCUGUAAGGACAAAUUUGGUGGUCUUCAUGUGGCUGUCAACUGCGCCGGGAUUGGCUUGGCUGUCAAGACCUACAACCACAACAAGAAGGUCUCUCACUCCUUAGAUGACUUCAUGAGGGUACAGAAGGUUAAUUUGGGAGGAGCUUUCAAUAUGAUCCGCCUUUCCGCUGCUUUGAUCGCUGAGAACGAGCCUAACGUGGAUGGUGAGCGUGGGGUCAUUAUAAACACUGCCAGCAUUGCUGCCUUCGAUGGUAGGAUAGGACAAGCGGCGUACGCGGCUAGUAAGGGAGCCAUAAUAGGCAUGACCCUACCUAUUGCCAGGGAUUUGAGCCCCCUGGGUAUACGUGUGUGUACCAUCGCCCCAGGAUUGUUCAGGACGCCCCUCAUGCUAGCACUGCCCCAGAAGGUGUUAAGCUUCCUGGAGAAAAUGACACCGUUUCCUCAGCGUCUUGGUGAUCCAGACGAAUACGCCAAGAUGGUGCAAGAGAUUAUCACCAACCCUAUGAUGAACGGUUCUACCAUACGCCUCGAUGGUGCCAUACGUCUUGCACCAUAAACUGCCUCCCCCUACACCUCGUCAAUGGUAUCUCAUGUCUAAUACCAUAAAUUGAGCCUGAAAUAAAUGCAUUCUUAAUGUU